UAGCCCACGUUCCCACUCUCAAUCCCAGUUCUAAAGAUCCCUUGGGGAAAUAUAUUAGUAUAAAUCAAACCAACUCCCAAAACACACAACACAACACAAACACAAACACAAACACAAACACAAACACAAGACGUGCUCACAAUACAUCACACACUUCACUCUUUCCUCUCUUUCUUAAAUACCUCAAGAUCACAUCUGAAAAUUAGAAGAAAAAAAACAUUUAUAAAUGGCUCUUGAGACCCUCAAUUCCCCGACUUCAGCCACCGCCACGGCUCUGCCUCUUCUCCGGUAUCGUGAAGAAAUGGAGCCGGAUAAUCUCGAGCAGUGGGCUAAAAGAAAACGCACCAAGCGACAACGUCUUGAUCAGAAUCAUCACAAUCAAGAAACCACUCCUUCCGAAGAAGAGUAUCUCGCUCUUUGCCUCCUCAUGCUCGCUCGUGGAACCGCCGUGCAACCGCCUCUUACUCCGCCUCCGCCGUCACAUCGGUCUCGUUCCGAUCACCGUGAUUUCAAGUGCACGGUCUGUGGAAAGUCGUUUAACUCUUACCAAGCCUUGGGUGGUCACAAGACGAGUCACCGGAAACCGCCAGCGAAUAACGUUAACGUUCCGAGCAGCCAAGAGCCAUCUAAUAACAACAGUCACGGUAACGGUGGUUCCGUUGUUUUUAGCGGUAACGGUACUGCCAGUAACGGUGUUAAUCUAAGCGGAAAGAUUCACACUUGUUCAAUCUGUUUCAAGUCGUUUUCGUCUGGUCAAGCAUUAGGUGGACACAAACGGUCUCACUAUGACGGUGGUAAUAACGGAAACGGUAACGGCAGCGUGGAAGUCAUGGGUGGCAGUGACGUCAGCGACGUGGAUGACGAAAGAUCGUCGGAACAAACCGCGUUCGGGGGCCACCGUGGAUUUGACUUAAACUUACCGGCUGAUCAAGUCUCGGUGGUUAUUGCUUAACGUUGACUCGGUGGAUAUUAAAAGUCAACUUUCAAGCGGAGAAUGGGGUCAGUGGCCGUGAAGCAUAACAGUCGUUUCUUACCAGUUGCUUCAGCUUGACUGAGUCUGUAAUGAAAAUGAUUGGAGUGGACUUGCGCAAUUAUAGUUGCAUUAUUAUUAUUAUAUUUUUAAAAAGAAAUGUUUAUUUGUUGUUGGAUUUGUUUAUAGAUAGAGGAAACAAUUGGGAUA